AUGAAGUUUGACGCCCUCACAGCUCUCGUUCUCUUCCUCCCCUACGUCCUGGCUUCUCCAGUCGGAACCCCGGGCGGAAGCCAUAGCCACGGCCCAGAUCCCACAUUCGCUUCUCACUCUGGCGGCUCUGGAGUCAUGAGUUACGCUGCUUCUCCGAGUUCCAGCGACAAUGGAGUACCGAGCAGCAGCGGGGUGAAUGUGGCAGGAAGUAGUGCUGGUAGUAGCCCUGACGGUGAUACCCCCGUCGCUGCCGGUUCUCCCAGUGGAAAUGACGAUAGUGACGACGACGGGCAAGCAUCUAGUGCCAGCACGAGUCCAGUACAGGAUGAUGGUGGUAGCGGUGCCUGGAGCGCAAGCCCGCCAGAUGUCGAUGACCUUCGUGUUCUCAACUAUGCCCUCACGUACGAAUACCUCACCACUGCGUUCUACGAAAAUUCCCUUUCGCGGUGGUCGAGCCAAGACUUCAAGGCUUACGGACUUGACGACUCUGUUUACGGCCGCUACCAAGAAAUCUACGAACACCGCCAAGAAUACGUCAAAUUCCUCGAGAGUGCUAUUACAGCUGCUGGUCUCCGAUACCUCGACCCUUGUACCUAUAACUUCAACUAUACCACCAGCGUCGGCGAUUUCGUCGACCACAGCGAGUUCUUCGAGCUCACCAGCACCUCCAUGUACGAAGGAGCACUCGGGAUGGUUUCUAACAAGGAUUAUUCGUCGGCCCUUGGCUCUAUUCUUGGUGUCCAAGCGCGACACUCCGCUUGGAUUCAGGCAACUGUGAAGGGAAAGAAUCCAUGGAAUACCGCUUUCGAAGCUCCACUUAGAGUAAACCAGAUCUGGACGACAGGAGAUCCUUUCUACGUUACUUGCCCUCCUAUCGGACCUGGCUUGCCUUCCCUACCCGCCGGAUUGGACCAAUACCCUCUCUUCCAAAUCGAUACCCCUCAAUCCAUCAUCCCCGGUGACAGAGUUCGAAUCGACAUGUCAGAAGUCGUCGCCAUUAACCCGGAUUCCAUCCCCAAUGCCUCUAGCGACAAGAAACUCUACGUAGUCUACGCCAUCGCUUCCAAGAACUAUGUCGAGCCUCUAUGUGCGGAGGACGACGAGGACGCUGAUGGCUACGGGUACUGGGUGGACGUUCCAAGUGAACUCGCAUCAGUUGGAAGCGUCUAUGUUUCCAUCGUCCAGGCCACUCCCACCGAGGCUCGCGAGCCUGGAUUCCAACCCAACAACGACAACUCCGUAGCUGGCCCAAGAGUCUGGAUGUUCGACUAUGAUUCUCAAGGGAGGUCUGACGAAGGAUACGAGCUGUUCAAAGGGUCACGAACUACGCCUUUCGCGGGAUGA